GAGGUUCUGACUCAUCAUGGACCGCCGAAUCCUCACCUCUUCAUCCUCCUUGCAGAUUCUGCUUGACGACUCCGCAUGGAUGGAUAGCUCAGCUGCUAUGGACUUAGGGAGCUCCAGCUUGGACAUAGUAUAGGCAGGCGCGUGGCCUUCCCUCCUCUUAGAAUGUUUCUCGUUGUACUUUUUGUAACUCCCCGUUGUCUCCGUUCGGCGUCUUGCCUCCGUCAGGUUAGAAACAUCAGUUAGCGAAAGUUGACGGGAAUUUCAUCGCAAGGCGGUGCAAACGCACGUGACGCACACGACAGUUUACACGAAUUUCACAUAAUAUAUUGCACGCACGCCUGAGCAAGCAUGUCUGACGUGGCGACGAACGGUCAACCCGCAAGGCGGCGGGGGUCACUUCAGGCCAUCUUUCUUAAACAUUUUGCCGACUGGGCUGCUCUGCUGGUUAUCGUCGCCGCCGCUAUCUCCGUCAAUUUUAUCGAGCCGUUUCAGCGGUUCGUGGAUUCCGAGGAUAUGGAAGGGCUGAUGUACCCGUUAGUGGACAACUCGGUCCCGUCAUGGGCAGUCCCGGUCAUUGCUCUGGCCCCUGCUGCCAUCGCCUUUGUCGUCAAUUACAUCAUUCGGAGGGACCUGGUAGACAUCCACCACUCCAUGCUAGGGCUGCUCUUCGCCUUCUUCACCACCUUUCUCGUCACCGAUGCCCUGAAGAUCUCCGUUGGCCGGCCCCGCCCCGACUUCUUCAUCCGAUGUUUCCCCUCGGGAGUCCCUGUGUACAGCAGUAACGGCAAUGCACUGUGCAACGGCGACCCAUCCGUCAUCAACGAAGGAAGAAAGAGCUUCCCAAGCGGGCAUGCGUCCAUGUCCUUCUCAGGCCUGGCAUAUCUCUCCCUCUUCCUAGCGGCCAAGCUCCAUUCGCUCUCCUCCUCCUCCUCCCAGCUCUGGCGCCUGCUGCCCCCGGCUCUGCCCUUGGCGGGAGGAGUGGCCAUUGGAAUCACGCGCAUUGAUGACUACUGGCACUUCCCCUUCGAUGUCUUCGUGGGGAGUCUACUCGGAAUCAGUUUCGCCACUAUAUGCUUCUUCAUACACUACCCAUCUCUGCGCCAUGACUACUGUCAUCUCCCUCGCGAUGUGGUUCGAUCGGAGGUUCCCAGGAGAGCAGUGUUGGAUGACAAUAUUGCCCUGUAUGAUUCACCGGUCAAUGGUGGUGGAACAUCCCAGGUCUGAUGAGAUAGGAGCCCCGUUCGUGAGGGUUUCAAUUGCAAUGGUUCGCACCAGGGCGACCUCUGUAAGGAAACGAAACCAUGUAUGUCAGCUGCAUUUGUAGUGUCAACGUUCGGAAGAUAUGAUUUGAUUGCGUUUCAAUGACACAAGGGAGCAUGCACACGACGAAGCAAAUAG